AUGUUGGUAUCUACCGUCAUUGCUGGCUUGUCAGCUACUUCGAUAUCAAUUGGGAUUGGAUUGGGUCUUCUUUCAGUCAUCAUCUCUCGCUGCUUCUACAGACUCUACUGGCACCCUUUGGCAAAAUACCCCGGCCCAUAUUACGCCGCUUGCUUUUCUCUAUCUGCAGCGAUUAUCUCUGUUCUGAGGAAGGAGCCCCAGUGGAUACAAUCUCUGGUGAAGAAAUACGGGAACGAUACCCCUAUCCGAAUUCAGCCAAAUUUGCUGCUUUUCCCGCAACCUUCAGCCUUGAAGGAGAUAUACUGGGAUCCCAAAUGCAAUUUGAAAAGUGGACUUUAUGGUACGGGCGCCCUGGGCCCCCCGCAUUUAUUCACAACUCUCAAUGGUGAUGAGCAUAGAGAGUUGAGGAAAGCACUUGCAGGGCCACCGUGGACUAUUGGUUCAUUGAAAAGUAAGUGGGAGAAUAGAUUCGACAAUCAAGUCCAACUGCUUGUUAAAAAGCUACGUGAAAAGGCCAAGGCCAAAGAAUCAGUUGUAUUAUCUGACAAAGUAGCGGAAUUUGCUGCCGACAUUAUGACAAUGAUUUCUUUCACCAAUCCCUUUGGUUUCGUCAAAAACGGGAGAGAUGAGCGUCAUAUUUUACGAAAUUGGCGUGAGGGGCUUGACUUUUUUGGGUUCAUGGGACGUUUUAAAUUUUUCCAGACACAUAUAAUUACUCUCCCUGGCCUUGCUGCGCGACUUCUGCCGAAGCUCACGGAUGAUGCGGGGAUGGGGUGGUUAAUGGCCGAAGCCGAUAAGCAGGUGUCUCAGCGCGAGUUGGAAAUGAGCAAAGGGAUCGUUAAAGAAAUUCCGGAUUUUCUGCAACAUUGCCUUGAUGCUCGCAUGAACGGCGAGCCACUUAAUCCUCUUCAAAAACGCGCUCAUGUUACGCUGCUUAUCCAGGCCGGUGCUGAUACGACUGGAACUGCGCUGGGUUCCACUUUGCGAUUUCUAAUUACAAAUCCAGGGAAACUCCAGAAAGCACAGGAGGAGAUUGAAACGGCUGAAGCUGCUGGAUUGCUCUCAACUCCAGUCAAAUACGAAGAGGUCCGCCAACACCUACCAUACUUCGUGGCAUGUAUUAAGGAGAGCCUAAGGCUCAAUCCGCCUGCCACCAAUCUCUUUGGGCGUGUUAUUGGUGCGGAGGGUAAAAGAAUCGAUGGAUUCUUCAUACCUCCAGGAACCGAAGUUACCAGCCAUGCUUAUAUCGUCCAGCGACAUCCAGAGCUAUAUGGACCGGAUCCUGACACUUUCAGGCCCGAAAGGUGGCUGGCCAGUGACAAAAAGGCCAAUGAAUUGGACUCAGUAAGCUUUGUGUUUGGAAUGGGGCCACGUGUUUGCCUCGGGAAGGAUAUUGCUAUCAUGGAGCUUUACAAAUUACUACCUGAGCUUGUUCGACGUUUCGAGUUUGAUUUGGUAAAAACUGGGGAAUAUGUCGUUGCUGGAGGAGUAGCUUAUAACAAAAACUUUAUUGUGAAAGUAAACGUCCGUGAUUAG